GUGUACGUCAUUUUGUGGUCCAACAAUGACGUGUAUACAUUAAACGAUUUUCCCUCCCACGGUCGCAUGAAAGGUGGAUUUCAAUCAAGUGUUUCUCCGACCAAAUUUGUAUACACGACCUGAUCAGUAGGUCGCUGACGGAAGUCCUUCUCUAAUAUUUGAUGCUGCCUUAUUAUUUAUUUUGUGUCGUGUCAUCUUCGGCGUUUUAUUAGAUAGUUUGAGUUAAUAUUUGUGGACUCAACAACGCACCGUGAAUAUAUUAAUACGACUUUUAAAAUAAAUUUUAAAAAAACUGUUUUUGACUUCAAAUUGACUCAAGUUUAGAUACACAGUAAUUUGAUGUAAACAAAUUCUGACGUAAUAUCUGACGGGAGUCCAAAUUAAUGAAGUCAAUCUAAUUAUGAGCUACGUCAGAGUCUCCUGUCAGCUUACACGCACUGCGUCUUUCUGAAGCUUGGACCAUUUUUGGGGGGGUGUUUAAAAGCGAAGGUCACAUCGACUUAUGUUAGUAUUUCACUUGGAAUAUCCCAGACCUUCGUUGUUUUUGGAAAUUGUGUGUUGUUGUUUUUUUUUUAUCUUCCUGGAGAACUUUUUGUUUUCAUAUUAUAGAAAGUCGAACAGACUAAACGAUGUUUAUUGCUGGAUUUCUUUGGGGUAAGUGGAAGUCUGAAAUCAGACAUUUCUGUAUAUUUUUAUAAUUUAUCGGGAAAUUUCACAACAAUUUUUUUUUUAAAAUACAAAUUUCUUCAUUGAAAUAUUGUUUAGUAAAUAUUAUGAAAUAAUGGUCUAUGCAUUUCAUAGUGUUGGUUUCAAAUGAAGUUAUUCAUUAAACAACUGAGAUGAGACAGGGUUUUCGACUAAAGCUCUAUAUAUUUAUAUAGAUUACCUAGGCCAGGACAAAUAGAAGAACGACAAAAAACAGAGCACAGUUUAAAAAAACUUUAGAGAUCUACUUUGUUGUUGCCGGAAGUUUUUUUGGUCCUGUUCGCUGAAGAAGGCUUUAAGCCGAAACGUUUACAUCUUAUAGCCCCGUCUUUUGAUUCAAGCUUCUACAUACGUUGUUUUACUUAUUUCAUUCACAAAGCUUGAAUGCAAGCCCUUCAAUUAUUUUAUAUUGGUUUCAGACGUAACAAGCAGACAUCUUUAAAAUAAUAAAAUAAAUCUCCCAAAUUUUCGCUCAUUCUUUAUGUUUAUCUUAUUUUCUUUCCCUCCUACUUUUCAGAAUAAAACAAGUGGGGGAAAAGCAAUCAAUUUCUACUGAAAAACUUAACUGAAACAAACACACAUAUGAAAUGCAAACAAUUUUAAACAUUGCCAAGAUUAAAUUUAUUCAUUCAACUAAAACGGAGCAUAGUUCUAAUCAAUAAACUGAUAAACUAUCUUAAAUGGAAUGUAUUGAAAUUUUGAAGUUGGCGCCGUCACUCACUGGAUCCACCAGUAUUUGUUUUAAUCGGCUUAGGAAAGUGGAAAGGGGGGGGGGGGGGGUUGCGGCAAUUGGUUUUUAUAGGGGGGGGUGGCGUUUUCGGGCAAACGCAAAAUUCGUGGCCCGCAAACCUAACCCUAGCUGCCACUUCUUGUAAUGUAUCGAAGUGGGGUCAGAAUGUGGCCAACCACUUUUCAUUGCCUGCUUGCCCUGAUUCUCUGUCAUGUUCCUCCUUCGUCCAUAGCAUGAUAACUACUGUUCCCUUGCUUUACAUACGUCAUUUAAAACUCUGUUUGAAAUAAGCGUUUCUAUGUUUUGACCAUCUGAUGAACAGAGAAUAUCGCAGAACUCGUUGUAUAGAAGGAUGCUUCCGUUGAAUAAAUGGGUGCAUUUAAGUAGUACUCACCUUAAAGUGUUCUUUGCUGCAAGCGUCAUGCUUAGAUUUUGAAGCUUUCAAAUUUGCUUUUUUUAAAGCAAAACUAGAUAAGCUAUAACCUUGUUGGUGCAUCACAUGUCAUAUCUGUCUUGCCUCCGUAAACAUAAAAUGUACACAUAAUAUGCCUCUCGGGUUUAGUUGCUGUACAGAUUGUGUACACUGAGGCCCAGGCUCAGUCCGUGGCUCAGCAGUGUCUGACAGAGCAAAUCAGGAACAACAAUCUCAACAAUGUCCCGAAUCAGCAGAACGGCACACCCGAAGGAAUCACAAUGGCUGCCUUUGAUUCCAUUUGCCGGUAAGAGUAUUUCAAGUUUAAAGCAACGCACAAGCGACAAUUUCCGUUAAAAUUGACACUUGUAAUAAUUAUUUGGGUGAAUCACGAAGGGCUUUAUCUGGCUAACAAGUAAUUAAUUGGAGUGUUUUAAAAGAGUUCAUGAAGCAGUUUGAAGGGGACGCGACUACAACAAGUAAUUAAUUGGAGUGUUUUAAAAGAGUUCAUGAAGCAGUUUGAAGGGGAAGCGACUACAACAAGUAAUUAAUUGGAGUGUUUUAAAAGAGUUCAUGAAGCAGUUUGAAGGGGAAGCGACUACAACAAGUAAUUAAUUGGAGUGUUUUAAAAGAGUUCAUGAAGCAGUUUGAAGGGGAAGCAACUACAUAAUCCAAAACACGCAACGCUGUUUCUAACGUUUUAGAAACGAACAUUGAGACGGGUUCAGGUGUGUGGGGGGUGUGGGGGGGGUGUGGGGGUGGGGGUGUGUGGGUUUGGGGGUGUGGAGGUGUGGGUGUGUGUGGGUGUGGGGGUGUGUGGGGUGUGUGGGUGUGGGGGUGUGGGGGUGUGUGCGUGGGGGGGGGGAUCAAUUUCUGCUGAAAAAUUUAAUUGGAACAAACACAAAUAAAAUCUAAACAUUGUUAAAAGUUAUCAGAUCAAAUGAAUUCAUUCAACUAAAAUAGAACACACUUCUAAUGAAUACAUUGAUAAACUAUCUGAAAUGGCUACCCAUUAAAAGGACGCCACACUAGGAGAAGAGAUGGCGGCACUUUGAACAUGAAUCUAGUGACGUGACACUAGAGGAAUCUUUCGGAUAGAAUAUUUCUUGUGUUAAGUAAACCAGACGUUGAGCUGAUUGAAGACACCUUUUUAACAGCUGUAUUUUGACUUUUUUGUUGUUAUCUAUAUCAGCCUUUACCAAACUUUUAAGUUUGGUGGACAGGUGGACACAUUUAUCAUUGCACCAAGGACCGGUGGACACAUUUACCAUUGCACCGAUAAACGGUGGACACAUUUACCAUUACACCAAGGAACGGUGGACACAUUUAUCAUUGCACCAAUGAACGGUGGACACAUUUACCAUUGCACCAAGGACCGGUGGACAAAUUUACCAUUGCACCAAGGACCGGUGGACACAUAUACCAUUGCACCAAGGACCGGCGGACACAUUUACCAUUGCACCAAGGACCGGUGGACAAAUUUACCAUUGCACCAAGGACCGGCGGACACAUUUACCAUUGCACCAAGGACCGGCGGACACAUUUACCAUUGCACCAAGGACCUGUGUCAGAUUUAAUAAUUAUUUUGAUUUUAUUUGACCCAAAAUAUGCUAUAAAAUAUUUUGAAUCCGUUAUCAGCCGGUGCCGAAUAACUACUCAUAGUUAAAUGAAAAAAUAGUUCUUAAACGAAACGUAAAAAAAUUAAGUGCAAAGAUUUACUUGAAAUAACUUAAUAUAUAUAAAGUAACUUUACCUGGUUAUUGACCUCCGCAUAUCAUUACGUUUCAGCAAUUACAACAGCUACAUCAACUGUUUUGAGACCCGUUUACCCAGAUCUAACAAUCCAGCCGACAGAUUCCUACAGCUGGUCUUCUCCAGACGUAACAUGGAGAUUGCCUACGAAGGACUGUGCUCUUUGGAUCUGAACAGUGAGGGACCUUUGCAUCUUUAAAUACAUAAUUAUAUAAUAUGAUUUUUUUUUAAAAUCUAACACUACCUAUUUUUUAAUUUUUUUUUGAGGGUAGCCGGUGGGGCUAUCUAUUUUUGUUUGAGGGUAGCCGGGGCUACAAUAGAAAACUAAGAGUGAUGACAUAAGUGAUCGUUGACUAGGACAAAUCGUUGACAUCAAAGAAUUAUUAUGGGAUGCUAUCAAAGUAAAAUAAAUAGACUUAAUUAAAACCGUAAAACAAAGUUUCUGGGUAGCAGCUAGUCUCAAAGUGGGUUUACCAAAUGGCGCCCAGUUUUUAUUACACGUGGUUUAUUGUACACGAGAUUUUGUUGGGUAGCCAAAAGUAUACUUUUUAAUCCGUUUGAAAUUUUAGGAUUUAUAGGGACGUUAAAAAUAACCAAACCCAAGAAAUUUAACAUGACGUUAUAAGAUACACUUAUAAUAACCCAGUCUACCUCACACGUAAGUAUGUUCGCUCCUAUCAGACCAAAAAUACAGCGCAGAUCUUUAUUAUCAGUCAUCUUAGACCAUAUGCUAAUCAAAAGAACUGACUUAUACAACUAUUAAAUCUUCUCUAACUUCCGCGCCCCCCUACCCCCCCCCCCCCCCUGAUCUACGAUAUCAGUCAUCUGACGCCAUAUGCUAAUCUACUGCAAUGCCUCAUCCAACUAUUCCAUCUCCCCUCUAACUUUCCCCCAGAUAUAAACAGACCACUAUUCCAUCUCCCCUCUAACUUUCCCCAGAUCUACGCAGAAAUAUUCGCUGCCUGCUAAGCACGCCUGAGGUUAGAAGGUGCUACAAUAAUUUUAACCAAGGAGUUACUCAAGUUGUCCAGCUGGAAACCCAGAAUCAACUACCAAGAGUUCGUCUGGAGGAGCUGGCCUGCAAGUAAGUGUUGAAUAAAAUCUAUGACUUUAUGUGUAGCUGGCGUGCAAGUAAGUGUUGAAUACAACCUAUGACUUUAUGAGUAGCUGGCCUGCAAGUAAGUUUUGAAUACAACCUAUGACUUUAUGAGUAGUUGCAUGCAAGUAAGUGUUGAAUACAACCUAUGACUUUAUGAGUAGCUGGCCUGCAAGUAAGUUUUGAAUACAACCUAUGACUUUAUGAGUAGUUGCAUGCAAGUAAGUGUUGAAUACAACCUAUGACUUUAUGAGUAGCUGGCCUGCAAGUAAGUUUUGAAUACAACCUAUGACUUUAUGAGUAGUUGCAUGCAAGUAAGUGUUGAAUACAACCUAUGACUUUAUGAGUAGCUGGCCUGCAAGUAAGUUUUGAAUACAACCUAUGACUUUAUGAGUAGUUGCAUGCAAGUAAGUGUUGAAUACAACCUAUGACUUUAUGAGUAGCUGGCCUGCAAGUAAGUUUUGAAUACAACCUAUGACUUUAUGAGUAGUUGCAUGCAAGUAAGUUUUGAAUACAACCUACGACUUUAUGUGUAGCUGGCGUGCAAGUAAGUGUUGAAUACAACCUAUGACUUUAUGUGUAGCUGGCCUGCAAGUAAGUUUUGAAUACAACCUAUGACUUUAUGAGUAGUUGCAUGCAAGUAAGUGUUGAAUACAACCUAUGACUUUAUGAGUAGCUGGCCUGCAAGUAAGUUUUGAAUACAACCUAUGACUUUAUGAGUAGUUGCAUGCAAGUAAGUGUUGAAUACAACCUAUGACUUUAUGAGUAGCUGGCCUGCAAGUAAGUUUUGAAUACAACCUAUGACUUUAUGAGUAGUUGCAUGCAAGUAAGUUUUGAAUACAACCUACGACUUUAUGUGUAGCUAGGGUGCAAGUAAGUUUUGAAUACAACCUAUGACUUUAUGUGUAGCUGGCGUACAAGUAAGUGUUGAAUAAAAUCUAUGACUUUAUGAGUAGCUGGCGUACAAGUAAGUAUUGAAUAAAAUCUAUGACUUUAUGAGUAGCUGGCCUGCAAGUAAGUGUUGAAUACAACCUAUGACUCCAUGUGUAGCUGGCGUACAAGUAAGUGUUGAAUAAAAUCUAUGACUUUAUGUGUAGCUGGCGUACAAGUAAGUGUUGAAUAAAAUCUAUGACUUUAUGUGUAGCUGGCAUACAAGUAAGUGUUGAAUAAAAUCUAUGACUUUAUGUGUAGCUGGCAUACAAGUAAGUGUUGAAUAAAAUCUAUGACUUUAUGAGUAGCUGACGUGCAAGUAAGUGUUGAAUACAACCUAUGACUUUAUGUGUAGCUGGCGUACAAGUAAGUGUUGAAUACAACCUAUGACUUUAUGUGUAGCUGGCGUACAAGUAAGUGUUGAAUACAACCUAUGACUUUAUGUGUAGCUGACGUGCAAGUAAGUGUUGAAUACAACCUAUGACUUUAUGUGUAGCUGACGUGCAAGUAAGUGUUGAAUACAACCUAUGACUUUAUGUGUAGCUGGCCUGCAAGUAAGUGUUGAAUACAACCUAUGACUUUAUGUGUAGACGGGUGGGAGGUUUGCCUACUUAAAAGUAAAAGACAAACACAUUUUUACACACUCAUUUAUAAAUAAACAUAUAUCUAUACAACUAUGUUAGGUCAGAGUAUGGUUAUUGUGGGUCUGUGUAUGACUAUGUUAUGUCUGUGUAUGGCUAUGUUAGGUCUGUGUAUGACUAUGUUAGGUCUGUGUAUGACUAUGUUAGGUCUGUGUAUGACUAUGUUAGGUGUGAGUAUGAUUCAAUGUCAUUGGAUCAUAAGGACUGAGCCUAUUUUAUAACGUUAUUUUAAUUGUAUAGCAAUCUCAUCACUGUUGAAUGUCUCCUUCCAGUGAUAGCUAAACCUACAACAUACCAGUGAUAACUACGCUACCACAUACCAGUGAUAAUUGAACUACAACAUACCAGUGAUAACCAAAUCUCCAAAUUAAUUGAUCACUUAGCAUCACCUCUAAAAAAUAUCAUUUUAAAAUCAGUGUCAACCAUAAUGUUUACCCUCUUGCUGUCUAGUGUCUCGGUGGGUAGAUACAGAUGUGAGACAGCCGUGUACAGCUUCUGCAACAUCCAAGCUGGUCAGAUCAUGCAGGACUUCUUCUACGCCGGAGUGACCCACGACUGCCGCCAAGCUACCGGGGUGACGUCACGCUAUACCCAACUGUUUAACGGCAGUCCCUUCCACCCAGCGAACUUCUUGGUUUUAGCUGUUACAUUCUUACUUGUUAUGUUAUUAAAGUAAUCACUAUCAAUGUAACUGAAGUAAGACAAUCAAACUGAUUAUUCACAAGUAAUGUUGACAUUACUCUUUUGGUUAGGAUCUUGUUUCUUUUAACAACCAAAUUUGUUCUGAUAAAAAGAAAUUUAAAACUGAAAGAAAAACAAAAAAACAAACAUAUUUCGGAUCAAUCAUUUUAAAAGUAAAUUAUAUUGUGAAGAGGUUAACACAGAAUAAUGACACAAAGAUUGACGGUGUGACUUUUGUAAAUGGUUUCAGCAGGAAGGGUAAAAACACAAACAAUCAGUGAACAUCAAAUAGUUUCGUCAUGCUUCAAUAAAAUGGGCGAAAGACUCAUUAAGACUUGUAGCCUUAACGCCUUUGUCAUAAUAAAAACAACAACGAACCUUGUUUAAAAUUCAAUGAAAGGCGAUGUCUAUUACAACGAUACUCUUUGCAAUGAAAGGCGAUGUCUAUUACAACGAUACUCUUUGCAAUGAAAGGCGAUGUCUAUUACAA